AGAAACUUCCAAAACUGGCGGCGUUAGCGGACUCCAAGAGUGAGUUGGACCGGUGGAAUUCGAUCGGUAGGUUCCCGAACCUUAAUAACAACAGUUUCUAACACCCUCUUCCGGUUGCUUCGGUGAGAAUAAGCCGGAUAAUGCGAAUAACGCGACGUACAUCGCAAAUGGUGAACGAUGAAAAAUUGACGCGUUUAUUCGUUGAAUGGGAUUCGGAGGGUAACGAUUUCCAGUAAAUCGAUAAAUCAGAAAUUUACACACAACCGUAGAAUCGUACGAGCGACGCAUCGCCAUGUUCCGUUGUAUCGUGAAUUUUCAUUUCCGUUUCUGUUGAAUUUCAUAGGCAAGGUCAUGCGAUAAUUGUCACGGGUAUAGCUCUUGAGAAUAUCUCCGCGAAACGGACCACCCCGUUUGUGCUCCGAGAGGUAGAGAAUUCCAUUUUGUAGGUACACGUAGGAAUGUCCCUAGGAGUAUAAAAAAAGAGUGGAGGAAAUCGUUUAAAACUUUCAAAGCAGCUAAAUUAAAAGAUACUCAACCGGUGUAUAGUUUCAAAGUAUUAGAGCCGGUUCCCGACGCUCCGCGGGUUUAAGGGUUUUAAAGUUAAACGAGCACCGGCACGAGGAAACGUCUUCUUCGGCGAAUAUUUCCCUCCGCGAACACGGUAAACCUUCAUCGACGAAAUUCCGUACCAUUGUAAUAAAAAAUUAUCUCUACAAGGCGUUUCGCGCAUCUCUGCAUAAAAACGAAAUCCGCCGAUUUUCGAUGAUUGCAAAUAAAAACUGGAACGCGGUCGUAUUUUCCUCAACAUCGCGACGAUAAUCUUUUCGCUCGAUCCUCCAACGGAGUUACCACGGAAUUAAUCGUGACGGCGCGCCGUGGCUUACGACAUGCGAGCUCUCAUGACGCGAGGCUGCCGCUGCUGCACUUUCGUGUUCAAAUUUUUUCCCAAAGCGAAGAGAAAAAAAAUUAGAAAAAAAUUAGAAAAAAAAAAAUACCAAUUAAUAGAGUUCGCGUUGCGCGCGUUGCGCGAAGGUUGAACGAUCGAACAUCCAAUCGAUCUGAUCACCUGACGGAUUAAUUGCAGAUGAUUUCAGUACAAAUGACGAUGAGGAAUUCUUUCUCUCAUAUAUGUACCUCACUGAAUUUACCCUAGAAUAAAAUUGAAUGAUUCUAAUAGUGCGAAGACGUUAAAUAACGUCGAAUAGUCAAGUCAAAUUUCCACUACCCGCACGUCCACCCCCUUUCCGGCUGAGCCCCGUCUGAUUCCGAUGUAAAUAAUAUAUCUGUGCAGCGCCUACCUGGCGCGCGCGGUCUUUCCUUCCCCUGUACUCGUAGUUCACCGUGAUCCAAAUGUACGUACUACAUACGUACGUAGAUACGUAGGCACCUACGAUACGGGUUGUAUAUACCUUCGUCUGAACUUGAAAUCAUAUCAGAAGCGAUGUGAGUAUAGUCGCCGUCAGAUUCCAUGUGCAAUUUUAUCCCCCAGCUUCUUUCUCCCCCUUUCCGCAAGAUCUCACGGAAGUCUACGGGCCAUUUGGCGACUCCGUGAGCACGGAAAGUCCUUUCGCGGAAUUUAUGUGGCACCGCGGGGACGGAGCCCCUCAUGUAAACUAUGGCGACGUGUAGGUAUAAUAUGAAAUGGGAUACGAAUUCCGUUUGAAAAAUUCAAACUACCGGAUCGGAAUCGGUACGAAAAAAGAUCCGAAAUCAAAGGAGAGAAAAACGAAGACACGUUUAUAUUUUAUUCUAAAGAACUGCUAAUUUUUUUCGAUUUUAAGAGGGCGCGGCGAGGGUGACGAUCUUCGGUUUUGAGAGGAUCCAAUGAAGAUUCAAAAAAAUUUCAUCCCCCUCUCCGACGCCCGCGACUAUUUCCUACACUUUUUUUCAAACUCUUCGCAAAUUUUGCAAAGACUCAAUUCCCAUUACCGAGGGAAAAAAAAAGAACAGAAGAAACUAAAAAAAGUGCGGGGCGUGGGCCGUAAAAGAACUCAAUUUUGAGGGGUGUACACACUCGAUUCUCGUCCGUUUUUUUUUUUUUUUUUUUUUUCACUUUAUACGUUGACGGUGUCGGGUUUAUCAAAGGAUUUUUCAUCUUAUCUCUCGAGAUUUUUUUUUUUUUCUGUCGGGGCUCGGGACGGACACAGACGCAGAUAACUUUUCCAUCUAUAAGCAUGCUUCUUGCAAACCCCGUAAAGCUGAACUAUCGACAUUGAGAUUCUACCCUACAAGCUUUUUCGUGUGUUUGUUUGUUUCUGUUUUUUUUUUUUCGUAAAUCAUCGAGAAAAUCCAUUCGAUACACGGUAUAUAAACGGUUUCUGCAAAUAUCUUGUGCAACGUUCGUUCAACUUUCUUCAGUGUCGCGUAACGUGCGCAACUAUAAUUAGUCGAAUGUUUAGAGAAUCGCGGAAGCAACUGCUAAUGACUUUUGGUAACCUACACAUACGAUACAGUGAGAGGAUCUUCAAACGGAUAGAGUUUCCCCAUCAGUAUCUACCGUGCAUAUAUUUGCGCGUAUCAUCGUCGGUUUGCUCCUCCCCAAAGGAACAGAGGACGAGUACACGUUUACAGGUGUAGAAUCAGACCAAACAACCGGCUCUGGGAUCAGUUUAGACGGAGAGAAACGAACUGAAACGCUCCUCCGAAUGUAUACGAAUUCCGAAUGGCUGAUAAGCCUGCAGUAGACGCCGCAGAUUAGGCCGGAGCUAAACGCGUGCGAAAGCUUGCGGGCUUCGUUAAUUAAUCAAUUGAUUGAUUGUCAUUAAUACGGCAUCCGAAUAACGUAAAACUCGACAGCGCCGUUAGCGUUUCAUUGAUAUACAUGAGCAGGUAUCGAUCAACGCGUCCUUUGAAAAUAUUACAAUGGACGAUUUAAUCACCGUAAUCACUAUCCCAUAUAUCCUGCUCUCCUAAAAUACCGCCGAAAAGUUUGGAAACUCGACUAACUUCUGAAACAAAAAUCCGUAAUUACCCGAUUAUUUUUCCAAAAUUCACGCCAUUUUCUUUCAUCCAAUGCGGUGAACUCGUACACGACCUCGAAACGAAAGAGGAGCGUUGCAGGCCGACUCGAACGUGAUAACGAAAAAAAAAAAGGAGUUUCUUCAAACGACGUCAAUUAGAACGUCUUUUUUCUCGAUUUUUUUCGAAUAAUAUGUAGUAAUGAGUUGUUUAAUUGGAAAUCAUUUUUUUUUUUUUCUUCAGCUUUGCGCGUAUAACGCGCAAUGUACGAAAUCUCCUCUUCUCCUCGAAGAGGUACCGAAAUGAGAAGAGAGAAAAAAAGAAAGUUCCGAAGGUGUAAGAGCUGCUGGUGCCUUCGAUCGUUGACGUUUGAUUGUUAUUGGUAAAAAAUGAACGAAUAAAUAAGGAAAAUUUUAAUUCUCAGGUUUCGGUAUUCAAAAGCUGUCACCACUGCCACCCCCUCGCCGCAACUUGAUUCGACGGAAUUUUUGCUCGGUACACAUGCGAAAAAAUGAAAUAAGGAAAUGUGAAAAAAACAAGCAGAAGAAGAAACGCGACUGCAGCAGCGACGAGAGCGGAUUUUAUGCAGAAUGCAGACGGCCAGUUAUAUCCGUUUUCAUAGAUUCUCGUUCGAAAUUUAUUCCGUACCACAGGCGCGCGGAACCACUCCAUGAAGUUGGUCGCGACAGAUGGACAAUAAUACUGUCAUCAACAGGAGGGUUGCAGCGAACCGCCGCGGCAUACCGAAGUAAAGAGAAUUAGAAAAAUUGAAAAAAGGAAAAAAUCCCGAAAAGAAGACAGAAAAAACACGUGAAAGAAAAUCUUCGAUUACUCUGACUUUCCUCUCUGGACGCGGGAAAAUUUCACCGGAAGUCGAGCGAGUGCUCGUGAACGGAGCCCUUUAAGUGUGACGGUGGUGCGGAUGGAGACGGGGGUUGUUUUGAGAAGAGAGCGUGAAUCAUAGCAUUGUACACAAAGGCACACCGAGGAAGGUACCAACUUACUACUACUCCCUCUUUCUCCUUUCCACCAUCAGAAGAGCAGAGAUUUAAGGCCUACGAUAAUAAGGAGCCAUUAAUUAACGGUACAGUCUUUGUAUGUGUAUAUAUAUACAACGGCACAUAGCUAAUUAGCUCAGGUGAAUAAAGAUUGAUGAGAACAGAAAGACGAAAUUCGCAAUGUUACGUAUAUAUGUAUAUAUGGGGCAUUCAGCGUCGGGCGGGCCACUUUUUCCAACAUAUUUUUUUAACUCGACGAAACUUUUUCGGCGCAUCGAACGCUCUCAGGAAUCCGAAUCUUGGAGUCGAAUUGAAUCAUCUGUAAAAUUGGCCGAGUUAUCGCCGAUUCAUCGAUUCAAAAUGUGAAAAAAUCAAGGAUACGUCGACGUGAGAGGGAGCGUCUCGAAAUCAAUUUUGCGAAAAAUUCGAUAAACAUAUCGCAAAAAAUGGCCGGUUGGAAACGGAAUGUCCCACACUACGAAUGUCUGAAAUUUUUUUGUUUGCAAAUGACGAAAAAACUGAACGAACGAACACGUGAAAUAAAAUGAAAUCCUUCGACCUUCGUAUCCGUACACGUGUGACAAUUGUUUUUCCCUUCAUUCUUCACCUCUCGAAUUCCGUAUUUUUGCAUUCCCCUCAACACUCCGCACGUAUACAUGUAAGUGGACAUAGAAAUAUUCAACAUCGCGGAAACCUUAACCGGAAAAUUUAUGCAUCCCAUUUGAAUAAAAUAUCGAAAUAUAUACCGCGCUCUGUACCAGAUGUACGAGUUAUUGAUUCCGAGGCGUGAAUUACAGCAUUGUUAAAUCGUCGUUCAACCCUCGUCCGUCCGUGCGUGUAAGAUAUUUCCGAAAAGAAGAAGAAGGAGAAAGAAAAUUCACACCGGUGAAACCCGACGGAUACGAGAAAGUCGCCUCGUAUUUUCCAACACAUCGAAAUACCGUGCGAUCGCGAGCGAACCGGGGGAAGAAAUCCAAGCGUUAUUCUGAAAAUAUUUCCGAAAUUCAGAUGUCCGAUUACGCCGGUGCGGCGACGGUUCCGGGUCUCCCUGAUCCUCGGCACGCGGAUUCGGAGCUGGAUGAUUUCCAGGUACGUACGUACCUACGGGUAGCAGAGAAAGUUCUUAUCAACCGGACUCGCGCGCGCAGCGGACCAUCGGCAUCGGAUCGCAUCGCCACCCCCUCGACGACCACAUCGGCGAUCCCGCACCGAGAAAGCUCCGUCGUACACGUACGUGGAAAACGGGAAAGAGAGAGAGAGAGAGAGAGAGAGAGAGAGAGAGAGAGGGAGGAGGAGAGGAGGAAAGAGAGACAGGGACGAGUCAGGCGCGUGUUCAGCCUCCGACAUAUCAAAGCCGGUAGGUACAACGGGGGUUGAUACUGCGAGGGGUUGUUGCGUGCGCACCCCGACGACCACAUAAUCGAACGGGGAGCGCCGUUGGCCGUGUCAGCUCCGCUCCGAGUCGCGAGUACCUAAAACCGAAACGCGAACGUGAAAUAUUUAGCGCAAUAAGCGUCGAACGAAACGAACUAGAUAACAAAAAAUAUUAUAUAUUUAUAUAUAUACAUACAUACAACUACGAUAUAUUUUCACUAAGCGAACUAUACGAAUUGAAAAUAACCCGUAACGACAACGGUAAUAAGACAACAAACAACAACCACGUACGGAAAAUAAAGAAUAAAGAAAAAAAAAAAAAAACAUAACUAACUAGAAAAUAAUCAUCAACACCGCAGGAGUGUACGUAACGUGUGUGUGUGUAUACACGGUGUUGUUGAUAGAGCCUUUCCCUUUUUCCACUGGUAUUUCAACAAAAUAGCGUAGAGAUAAAAAAAAUAUCUACCCCUGCACACACAUCCAUGAUAUAUAAAAUACGACAAUUUUCUACGCAUACAUAUGUACAUAUGUAUAUAUAAAUAAAUUGUGUCCGUGUCCGUGUGUCCGUGUGUGUCCGUGUGUGUGCGCGCGUACAUACGCAGAUUUAGUAAAUUUCCUUCGUCGUUUCAUAUGUUGUACAAAUUGUAAUUGUUGUACAAUGGCGUCGUCGGAGCAUGGCAUGUUGAUCCUGAGACGAAUGACUCUAAUCGUCUGCAAGUUGUGCUUGUUACGGUGUUACGCACCGUGCCCGUGGUGCAGGUGUGAGUGUUGAAUGGAUAAUAAUAGAAAUAAAACGAAUAGUGUAAAAUAUAUAAAUAUGUACAUAACACCGCAUCGUGAUGUGCUGCAGUCGGUGAUCCGUCGUUUCUGCGUUUCGAGUGUAAAAAAGAUCAGAUAAAAUUGAAUCGAAUCGAAUCAAAAAAGAAAGGAGAAAGCAGGAGGAAGCUUUCCUUUUUUCUAAAUUAUAACUCACGUGCUUCGAUUUUUCGCGUACGUACAGUCGAGCCGCUAAGAUAAUUUCGUCGGCUGAGCUUGGCGGUUACGGGGGCGGGAGGGGGGGGGUUUGGAAAUUAUUUUUUUACCAUUUCGAAACACCGCUUGUUUUUUUUGGUGUACGGAAAACCGAAUAACAACGCUGAACAAGAACGCAAUAUGAAAAUUAAGAAGAGACAUUCGAUGAAAAAAAAGGAUAGAUUAAAAUUAUUCAAAAAUGAUUUGUGACUCGGGAACGAAUCGUUGUGCAAUACUCGUUAAAAAAAAAUUACCCCAACGUAACGUGAACGAUAGAUAAAUAAAAUAAUAAUAGAAAUAACCGAUGAAAUUGAUGCGAGGAAAUUUUUAAAAACGAAGUGACCGUUAUGUAAUAUAUGUAUAUGUCGAUGUAUAUGUAAUGCUGUAUAAGGGAAAAGAAACCUUCGCGGUGUAAUUAUAAAAUAUCAGGUUGUACAAAAAGUGGUAUGAAUAUAUCGUGUAAAAAUAGAACGAGGAAAAAACAAAAACCAAAGAAGAAUAAAAUUUUGCCAUCGGUGCAGAGGGUGUAGCGACACAUAAUGUGGAAGUGGAAAGAUUAUAAUUAUCGAAUUUGUACAAAUUACAACAAAUAAUUUUGUGAUCUCCGGUGGAUUAUUUAUUUUUUUUUUCUCACAUUAAUCCGAAAAAAAAAAGCAAGUGCUACGAAAUGCAGGGUAAGGAAAGUCCCGUCGGCCCCAACACCCAAGAGACCCAACAGUACGUUGGGCCUUAUCGGUUGGAAAAAACUUUGGGAAAAGGACAAACUGGCCUCGUGAAACUUGGGGUUCACUGCGUACUCGGUAAAAAAGUUGCCAUCAAAAUUAUCAACCGUGAAAAACUUUCCGAGUCCGUAUUAAUGAAGGUUGAACGAGAAAUCGCCAUUAUGAAGCUGAUCGAUCAUCCCCAUGUUCUUGGGCUUUCCGACGUCUACGAGAACAAAAAGUAUUUGUAUCUUGUUCUCGAGCACGUUUCGGGUGGUGAACUCUUCGAUUACCUGGUGAAGAAAGGGAGGCUAACGCCUAAGGAGGCGAGAAGAUUUUUUCGACAAAUUAUAUCCGCCCUAGAUUUUUGCCACAGUCAUAGUAUAUGCCAUAGAGAUUUAAAGCCUGAAAACCUCCUGCUGGACGAAAAGAAUAAUAUAAAAAUAGCGGAUUUCGGAAUGGCUUCGCUUCAGCCAGCUGGUUCGAUGUUGGAAACAAGCUGUGGAUCGCCGCAUUACGCUUGUCCCGAAGUAAUUAGGGGCGAAAAGUACGACGGAAGAAAGGCGGACGUUUGGUCCUGCGGCGUUAUUCUGUACGCUCUGCUCGUCGGAGCUUUACCUUUCGACGACGACAACCUCCGACAACUUUUGGAGAAGGUGAAAAGGGGCGUGUUUCACAUACCUCAUUUCGUGCCACCCGAUUGCCAGAACCUUCUUCGUGGAAUGAUAGAAGUUAAUCCGGAUAAGAGAAUGACGCUCGCUGAAAUAAACAGGCAUAUAUGGGUGACGGCUGCUGGUAAGGGCGAACUCGAGUUGGAACUGUCGAUGAUGGACGUCGUUCAAACUCACGUCAUUCCGUCCAUUGAUGCGAUAGAUCCUGACGUCCUUCAGGCCAUCGCCAGCCUCGGCUGCUUUAAAGAAAGAGAUAAAUUAAUACAAGAAUUGCUGAGUCCGAACCACAACACGGAGAAGGUCAUUUACUUUCUACUCCUCGAAAGAAAACGGAGAAGACCCGCGUGCGAAGACGAGCUCGAGGUAAUGAGAGGUGGUAUGAGGAGCUCGGCCGGUCAGCUGGAAGCUGAUCCACCUAGAAAAAGGGUCGACACUUGUAGAGUAAAUGGUAGCACAGCAUUGAACUUAGGUCAAAUAAGUCACGGGUCACCGUUAACGCCGCGGAGACAAACCAGCGGGAGUGCGAGACACCAUGCGAGGCGUUCACCAAGCACGGGCUCGCAUUCGCACGCCUCGCAUUCGCACGCUUCUACUCCUGGGGGUUCUCCGCUUCACGCACCUACGGUGGCAGGUCUUUUGAGUCCCCACAGAGCCGUGCCGAGUGCUCAUCUCUCCCAAACCGGAAGUCCGCACAGAUUAUCAGUCGUCAGUGCGUCCGGCGGAAACAGCAGUCAAACACAGGUCAUGCCGCCUCCGAUUCCACCGCCUGCGAGCGUCGGUAUUGAACUGAACGAAGUUCAACCCGUUCUCGCGAUCGGCGUCACUCCUCCUGGAUCUCCUCAUACCGGAGCGGGUUCGGGUUCCCAUCAUUGGAGAUCCCGGUUGACUACCAUUAAAAAUUCCUUUCUUGGCAGCCCAAGGUUUCACCGACGUAAACUACUCACCAGUACCGAAGAGGUGCAUCUUACGCCAGACUCGUCACCCGAACUUACGAAAAAAUCGUGGUUCGGUAGCUUGAUGACUACCGAAAAAGACGAGACCUUUACGAUUUUAGUAAAAGGUAAACCACUGGCUAGCAUCAAAGCUGAUCUCAUACACGCUUUUCUAUCGAUAGCCGAACUUUCUCACAGCGUGAGUUCUCCAAUGUCUUUUAGGGUAGAAUAUAAAAGAGGAAGUACAGCGCCGGCCAUGUUCCAAAGACAAGUUCGGUUUCAAGUCGAUAUUAGUGCGAUUUCGAAACAGCCUAACGAACCUCUAUUUGCCAUCACCUUUACGCUCCUCAGUGGUAAUAUUCGAAGAUUUCGAAGAGUCUGCGAGCACAUUCAAUCCCAAGUAUGUGCCCGUGGUAUAGGAUUGGGAAUUGGUGGUCAAAGUAGGGCUGCGCCACCGAGUCCGAGAACUUCGCGAAAAUUUACACAGGAAAUGAGCGAAAGUUCAAGUUGCGGAAGCGACACCAGCGAAAGACUCUCCCUCAGUCCUCAUCCCGCUACCAGACAGGUAGUGUGUUUCAGCAAGAUUGAUUCAGACAUCGAAUCGGACACAUCCGUAUUCGACGUGAAGUCGCCUACCGGUGAACACGGUCGUCGAAGUUCAACGUCAACGAACAACAACAACGCACUUCCUGGCGAAGUAACGACUUCACCCGGAAGUCCACCGAAGGCCGUAAGAAGUAAUUCGGAGAGUCAAAAUACCCCGGAAAAAAAAUGCGUUACUACGAUGAGCGGAAGCAACAUAGCGUGAUACUACCAGAAUCUCCGGUUCGACUUUAGAUCCAGCCUUAAAAAUUUAUGGAACAGCAGACAACGGUUUUGGUGAAUAUUCGUCACACGAAUCAACGUUUGUUCAUGAUGCGUUAAGGAAACCAAAACCAAUCAAACAAACAAUAAAAUUGUACGGAGUUCUGGGUUCUUUGUCACGUUCAAAAAAUAAGUGUUGAGGGAUUUUCAGAAAACUCGACUGACUAAUAAGGUGCCUGAUUAUUGAAACUAGAUUCGAUUUGGCAUGUAUAAUUGGUCAACAGAUGAUAAUUAUAAUAUAAAAACGAGCACUGUUCGACAAUUUUUUAUUCAAAUAAAUCCAUGCUUAUACUUGUCUAUCCUUCUCCGACGAGAAUUUUUAUCAGUAUCUGAAAUGAAUUUAUUUCAAAUAAUCAAUUGUUUCGGUGCCUUAACGUUUAAAAAACGAUAAUAGGACAGCAUCCUUGAAAAACAAAAGCUAAUAGAAUACUGUGAAACAAACACUGAGGUAUCUUCGAGAAAAAAGGCAAAUAAAAAAACACUCAUUCGAUCAAAAAAAUAAAUUAAUAGACGUAUUUGAUUCACGAUCAAAUACAUCGAAAAAACAAUUGAUGCGUCAAUUUGGUAAUGAAUUUUCAUAGAAUCGAUGAAUCAAUUUCUUUUCGUGAAAGAAUACCUGAAAUAAAAUUUAGAGAAAAAUAAAAGGAGAUGAAAAAAAUAAAUAAAUAAUCGAAAACUUUACUGCCAACUAGAUGCGAAGGAUUAUACAUCCGCAGCGUGCUUUCGAAGAGUAUAUUAUCUAAAAAUUCAUACUUAUAGGGUAGUCGUAUGAACAUUAUUCACAUAAAUAGUUCAUUUUAUCCGUUAUGGUUACGCCAAGCUCAACCAAUAACUGAAUUCGUAUGCAAUUGAUACGCGCCGAAUAAAACACGGUAUCACCGAUCGAAAAUCAUUAUAAUCAAAACCGACUAACUACAAUACAAACUGAAUACAGAGAAAUCUCACCGGGGUGAAAAUAAAUUUCCGAAUGAAGGGAGAAGUCAAAUAAAAUGAAUACGAAAUAAAAUCGAGAAAAAAAAAACAACCAAGAAGUAGGAGAACUACAAGAGAUAAUUAAAUAAUUUCCGUAUGAUGUAAUAAAUUUCCAUGGAGAAAUAUUUUUUUCAACAAAUCGAAGUAAAUACUCAAUGUAAAAUAAAUCUUAAGAUUGAAAAUAUUAGAUACAAGCAUGAGUAUAUAUGCGAUAUAUCAUGUAUAUUCAGUACUGCAGCUUCUGAUUACCUAUCGGCUUCAUAUAAGGCGUUGUGCAAAGUACAGUUAAAUAUGACGUACUAAUUAUAAUAAUUAGUAUAUUUCUAAUAACUGAAUUCUAUUUAUACAUAUUCAAGGUAUAUUUUCUCAAUAAACAUAUCUCAUAAACAAACAAACAAACAAUGAAUAAAUAAAAUUCACGAUAAAUAUAACAAUAGUAACACUAUUGUAAAUUAUAAUUAAAAUAAUAGAAAACAAAAAUACAAAUAAUUGGCCGUGCUUCGUAGAAAUUGAAUGAAAAAAAAAACAAAAAAAAAAAGCUAAUUAUAUCAAACCAGUCGUUGUGAUAAUAAUUUCAAAAUAAGAUUCAACGUACAAUCGUGGGUAAUGGAUCAGAGGAUUUAAUUUUCAUAUGUGCGAUUUUAUGAGAAAAUAUAAACAAAUAACACAAAAUAACGUUUGAUGAAAUGAAUACUCAUAAUUUAGAUAUGCGAAGAGAUAAGAAAAUCUGGGAAAAACACAAAAAAAAACGUAAUUAUAAAAUAUUCGUUUCGCUUGGAUGAAAACGUAAUCUGUUUUGUAUGAUAAUUUCAUUUUAUCGCUCAGGUUAGAAUGCAUUAGACGGCAUCUCGUUCCUACUAUAAAACCAAAGAUAAGACGUAAAUGGAUUACUAUUAUUAAAUUAUUAAAAGUAUCCAAGCUGAACCAGGCGACGAGGGAAAAGUGCGGCAAAUUUUACCCACCACUAGUUUGAGCUUAUAUACGCUGCGCACGUGAUUAGAUUGAUUAUAUUAUUCUGAUAUAUUGCAAAAUAUAAAGCAAUUAUAAAUCGCGAAAAGAUCGGUAUAAUCCGACACUUUUCCCAUAUCAAAAUAAUCGUAGACUCAUUAUAUAUAUAUAUAUGUAUACCGUACCACUCUGGUGAAACGGGUUGCGAUCAAAGCAUGCGACGAAAUAUUCGAAUUUCUCGUUCUACGAGCGAGCCCGAGCUGCGUUGGAGUCAAGGUAGCCACCAGCGUAAGCGCUUUGUUGCGAGGUGUCACCUUGAGGGCUGUAUAUCACAACAAGACGUCUACGCCUGUGGCUACGCUGACCCCAACGCAGCUAGGGCUCGCUCGUAGAACGAAACAUUCGAAUAUCUCGACGCAUGCGUUGAUCGCAAUCAGUUUCACCAGAAUCGCACUGCAUACACAUGCAUAUGUGCUAUAAAACUAAUCAAGCAAACGUAAUUCAUUAAAUAAUCGUGUAAAAUUAUUUACUUAUAUUACCUAUGUACGGUGGAGUAAAAUCGGGCUUUGCAAUAUACGUUUACCAAUAAUAA